UUUCAACCUCACCGCCAUGAGUGCUGGGUUGGAAGCAGAAGCGGAAAAGCUUCUUGAGACCCAUGGCAUUGGUACUGGCAAGCCACCUGCCGACCCAAGAGCAGCCGAGCUUUUCCAUCAGUUCUGUGAUCGCUCAGAGACCACACCUGUGGGUAUAGCCGUGGAGAAUCGAUUUUUCUCUGGAUUUCAGCACAAUGAAAUUGAUUGGAGCAAGCCAGUCCAUGGUUUGCUGGUGGAUUUCAAGGGUGAUAGCAUGCAAAUUGGCAUGCUGCUGCAGCAUUUGGAGGCUUUGAGUAGCCACCAUGUGUGCUAUGGUUUGGACUAUGCAUCUACUGUAACUGUAUUAAUUAUCAUCUAGACAUAUUAGUUAUAUCUAGACUCUAUACACACAUGGCUGGGGCUGCAAGGGACUGUUCAUGGCCAUGUUCGAGCCCUUACGAUGAACUGUGUUCGAGUCAAAAGAACGAGGCCUCUGACGAGCAGUAUGUAUUUCUUGGAAAUCCGCCGCCCUUCAAUGGUGGGUGGCAUUUCACAGCUCUGGACGAUUUUGAGCACGCCUUGGAGCAGAGGAGAUUGGAUCCAAGAUGGAAAGGCAUUCGCAUUUGGCACAAGGUGAACUAUGUGCUAUCAACAACAGUCAGUGGUGAGCCUGCUCUAGUGCCAAAGGAGAUGUUUGAUCCCAAGAACAAGCAGCAAGGUGCCAUUGCAAUUAGCGAGAGCUUCAAGCUGACCACGGUGUUUUUCACAGGUGGCUUGAUGCCGCAUACUCUAAAUGCUACCUUGCUGUCAGAUCAAAGCGAUGCUUGCGCUGCUCUUAUCCGGUGCAUGGAGCUUGGAACACGGUUUGCAGCCAUUGGGCAUGGCUUGGACGUACUUUUGGCCCUGGGCAAAGACAGCAGCCCCAUUCGGGGCAAGAGAGCUGCAGUUUUUCCCAACCAGGAGCAUUUGCUGCAGAUCCAUGGUGUGGAAGCUAGCGGAGAUCCUCUUUGCAUUGAUGGAACUCUCGUCACUGCGAGUUUCUGGGGUCAGGCCACCAUGCAGCCAUUCUUCGCCGCAGUCAAUCUGGAAGCACCGUCGCGGAGUUCCCCGUCUCUGCGAGCAAUCCGUCGAAGUACCACGGAGACUGCUUUCUGCUUUGAUGCCGCAAAGAUGGCGCAUUGCUCUGGGAGCUGCCUUACAUCGGACCCAAAGGCGCCCACAGUGGCAUUCUUUGUGGAUGAUGUUGCAGAUCCUAUUGAAACAUACACAAUCAUCAACCACUUGACGAAGCUGCAGUUCAAUGUUCAUUUCAUCAGUCACAGCGAAGCUGAGGGGUGUGGUGGCACUAAAAUGCGGCGCGUCACGAGUGAAACGGUUUGGGGGAAUGCCAUGUAUGCCUUAAAAGACUGCUGCUGUGAAGUUCCCACUCUCCCAGCCAACCUGGUUGACACAACACUGCGCUUCGACGGCUUCUUUGUAGCUGGAGGGCAGUGCCCGUACUAUAUGAUCAAUGAUUCUUCCAUCCGAGCGAUUAUGGAUUCAACCCCCAUUGCAGCGGCUGUGUGCCAUGGUCCAGAAGCCUUGAUUGGGACAAAAUGGCUGCAUCCCAAAGAGGGGGAAGUCGGAAAGUUUGUUUCCUACUAUGGUGCCUGGAUGAGUUUUCGGGAUGUGCUACACGCCUAUGAAAGGAAGAAGCCUGGAGAGAUUUGUGUUGACGCAUCUGGGAGGCUCUUUACUGGAAAUGCUCCAAACGCCACCAGCGCGAUGGUAGAACGAGCAUGUGAUGCCAUUUUGGCACUCACAAAGUAGACUGGUGUGGCCUAUGAAAGUUGCAUCCAAACGUGACAACACGCCACGGAUCCAAAAGGGACGCCUUCUUUCAAUGUUGGACUUCAAACAGUGUCUCAUCA